AUGGGCGAGCGGAACACACGGAGAAGUAGAAAAAGGGGGGUUCAAACAAGAGGAAAGAAGGCAGGACAGAUCGGCCAUAUAUGGCCGUCGACGCCGGUCGAGACUGCCCUGGACAGCUUCCCAUACUCUUCUUCCUCUUGGCCCGCUCCUACGUUUCCUGGUAACAAUAUCUCAACUUGGAAGGAGGCAACGACGGCUGCUAGCCAAGAACCGUUGCGGAAACAUGCUGUCGCAGAUGCUGCAGUCACGACGACCCACGUGCGAGGCCCAGCGAUACAUCGCACAGUCGGUGAUGUUGUAAGGCAGGUUUCUCAAUGCUGGGCCACAGGAGCUGCACAAACGCAACAACGAGGACGAGGGGCACAGGAUUGCACAACAGGCAAGCAGACAGAAUCAGGAACAUUGGCUGACAAUCCGAAGCAAAACGGUAAUCGAAGAGUCACCUUCCACAACUGGACUGUCUGCAAGCUGCGGCCGAUCCAAUCUCUCUACCGCUCAUGUGAGCCCUCCUCGAGAAAACGGGCAGAGACCGCCGCGAGCCGGGGUCAGACGGCCGACACGAAUCACGGUCAAAGCAUCCUUGGACAGAAACAGAGGGUUCUCAUGAUCGGCGGCCGAAAGUGUAAUUAG